CCAACUUCAACUCUACAACAUCAUGACUUACAUCAGCCUCCCCGCGCUCCCCUUCGAGCUAUGGGGAUCCAUCGCAUCACAUCUAUCCAACGCCGACAUAAAAUCUCUCCGCCUGGCAUGUAGCCAAUUCAACAAUGCAGCGCUUCUCCGCCUUGACCGGGUCUUCUUAUCCGCCAACCCACUUAACAUAGAAGUCUUUCGCGGCAUUGCAUCCCAUGACAAGUUCCGCCACAAAGUAACCGAGAUCAUCUGGGACGAGGCGCGCUUGCCCAGAGGCCCACAGCGAACAGGCCAAACUGACGAGGGACAUGAACUGCUCUCGGACGAGGAAGAGCCCGGCAACACGAGAGAGUGGGCCAGAAGGUACGGCUCUGUGUACCAGGAGGAGAUCAUCGAGCGACAUCAAUCCGAGGAGGAAGAUGGGUGUCCUAGGUGGUUUAAGGACGCUUGCGAGGAAAACCUCGACCAUCUUAGGCGGCGGAGGGAUAGGGACGUGGACAGGCCCGACCAUGUUGCGCGCAGAGAACAGGUCUUCGCUCAGCCUCCGCUGAGGGAGCGCUGGCAAUAUUAUCAGCGUUUACUACGUCAGCAGAAAGAUGUCCUUGUCGAUAAUAGUGAUCUGCACGCAUUCUUAUACGGCAUCAAGCAGUUUCCUGCUCUGAAGAGAGUCACCAUCACACCUGCGGCCCACGGUCAUCUCUUCGCUCCGCUGUAUCCGACCCCCAUGAUCCGCGCUUUCCCCAAGGGAUUCAAUUAUCCCAUUCCGCGGGGAUGGCUCUAUCCCACAACUACAAGUGAGCCUGCGACUGCGUAUGCGUGGAACGAAUACCCCGAACUCAGAGAACGGUACCGUGGGUUCCGCACUGCGAUGCGCGUGCUCGCCAAUGAACCAAACUCUAUUUCCGAGCUAAUUAUGACUUCCAACCAUCUCCCGACUGGGAUCAACUGUACGAUCUUCGACAAGCCCUGCACAGAGUACGAUAAUUUCACUACAGUGCUGAAAACCCCGGGCUUCCGCCGUCUGGACAUUGCCAUGCUCAUUGGCGGAGAGGCCGAGGAAGAUCUCGACCAAUGCUGGCGAUCCUUCUUGAAUGGACGGCUGCGCCGCGCACUCGGCGAAGCAAAAGAUAUGGAGGAUUUCAGGCUGCAUACGACAGUCAUCAGCAAUCCCUACGGGGACGAUGACGGGGACGGCUACGGAACACUAGACCGACUGAUUCCAUUACAGAGCAUCGUGCCUGUGGAAAAAUGGCCGAAUCUGCGCCACUUCGAACUCUCCCGCUUCCUAGUCUCACAGCCUGAUAUCAUCUCCUUCCUCACCGCACUACCGAAAUCCAUUCGCUCUGUUGAGCUCAGCAUGCUCAAGUUCCUUGAAGACGGUGGAGACUGGCACGGUCUGCUGGAGGAUAUGCGCAAAAUGAUACGCGAGAACACGCUGUGGGGGGACCGAGAUAUCGCUGCAAGGCCGAAGGUUAGGAUUGGAUUGCCGCUUAUGCAUCGUGAGAUUGGACGGGGCCAGUGGAUUGAAAAAGAGGUGCAUGAUUUCAUUUACGAUGAGGGGAAAAAUCCCUUCUUUGAUGAUAUGCCUUGUGAUACUCCGUAUGGAGUUGGAAUUCUGAAGGAUGUAUUUGAGCCUAAUUUUGAACGCCCGAAUGGGAAUUGGGACGAUAUGAUUGAGAUGGGUAUUACCAAGGAGCACAUGGAUUAUGAUUCCAGUGCUCCACCGCAAUACUGAUCUCUACAUCCGUGAAUUUUAAUCGAUUCUUAUGCUUCACAUACAACGUCGAUACAAUUGGUUAUUGGGUUUGACAGUUUGUGCAACUGCAUCGACACUUGCCUCUUCAAAACGUACCUCUUACCAUUUAAGCACUGGAUGUAGGCGUCGAGGUAACCGACGAGGCAGCACCCGAGGACGGAGUUUGCGAGGCGCUUGCCUUGGUACUGGUAGGCUUGGAGAGUUUCACGCAGUAGGAUGAGCUGGCUCGAACUGUGCAAGGAUAGUUGUAGGAGUCUGUAGCGACGCUCGCGCUCGCGCUUGCACUGCCACUGGCAGCUGAAGU